GUUUGGCCUUAGCUAAAAUAACUGAUUGGCUGCUAACUGAGAUAGGGAUAAAAAUGAAUAGUGAUGCUGAGGCAGAGCGAACAGCGCAGCGUACGCCUCGUUGGCUGCUCUUGAGUUGUUGAGGGUUGCCUGCGUGCAACUGUUCCAGUCUCUCCCUCCCUACGCGCUGCAGCAGCUGUGAGUCCGCAUCAGCACCACCAUCGCCACAAAUUCUCCCUUCACCCAAAGACAACUGAACUGACAGCCAAAAUGACGAGUGGUAUUUCUUUAGUCAACAGAAGUCUGAGGAGUCGCGGCACAGAAGACUACGCUGUUCUUUAAUAGCACCGUGCAGCGCCAAGGCGGAGAGAACUAGGUCUUCAAACCCCUUUGGGCACUAGACACGGCCCCUGAUGAUCUACAUCUGCCGUUGGAGCUCACAGCUUGAUUUCCCGAGAAUGGGAGCGCAAGCCAGUUUCUCGGCGUUGGAUACGAUAUGAUCGCAUGCCAUCACCCUGCCGUCUGUCACGUCUACCUGUGCGUUCACCUCAUCUCUCGCGCUUGAGAAUCUAAUGAAUUCCAUUCGCCUGCCAGCAUGUCUUCACGGAAGAUUUCAUCGGAAUCGUUCAGCUCCCUGGGCUCUGACUACCUCGAGAGCCCCGACGACGGAGAGUGUCCCUUUUCACGGGUGUUCUGGAACGGGAAAAGCCCGGUGGAAACGCUGUCAUGUCCGUUCGAGGACGCUAGUAUAAAGCGGACUACCAGGCGAAAGCGCGUCAACCUGGAUUCGCUGGGCGAAAGCUUGCGGCGGCUCACAUCACCAACGACUCAAACAAUUCAGCUGGCCCUGCAGAGAACUGUGGAGCACUACAGACAGAGUGAAAGCAGGCGCAAAGAGGAUGGGACGGGGGAGAGGUGGGCAUUUGAGAAAUGCCCCUAUGCGGACAACGCUGGCUCGGGGGAAGAGGCGGACAUCUCAGGAAUUCUACAGUACAUGGCUCCGCUGCUGGGCGUGGGCUUCCCGGAGCUGCGGCAGCGCUUUGGUGAGGAGUUCUUCGGCCUGUGCUUCGAGGAGAACGAGCGGGUUCUGCGGGCUGUCGGAGGGAACCUGCAGGACUUCUUCAACGGCUUUGACGCGCUACUGGAGCACAUCCGCACGUCGUGCGGCCGGCGAGCCUCAGCCGAGGCCCCCUCCUUCCUAUGCAAAGAAGCGCCCCCACAACUGGGUCGGGCCAGAGAGACUGGAAUCGGGGGAGAGGACGAGGAGGAGGAAGGUGGUGGUGGAGGAGGAGGAGGAGGAGGAGGAGGUGGAGGAGGGACGCUGUUAUUGCACUGUUUCAACCCAGCGCCGACUGUAGGUGUGGCCAUGCCGGGGCUGAUCCGUGCCGCCGCCCGACGCAUCUACCACACGGAGGUGACGGUCGAGGAGGCUCCACCCGCCCGGCUCGUCGACACGGACGACAACGAUAACGAGGAGGACUGUGACCCUGAUGACCACGACUUCUCCUCCUCCCCCGCCCCCUCCCCAUCCUCCUCCCCCUCUCCGCCCUCCUCAGUCACCCCCGCCUGCCUCUCCUUUCUGAUCCGCCAGCACCGGCCGCCGCUGCCGGACGUCUCCCCCUCCUCCCCCUCAUCUUCCUCCUCCCCCCACGGUGACCGCCGCCGCUCCUCCUCCCCAGGCUCCUGCUCGGCUUCCUCCAGGCCGCUGCCCCUCAAGCUGUCCUGCUCGCCGCCGGACCUGCGCAUCAGCCUCAGCACCUUCUGCCGGGCCUUCCCCUUCCACCUGGUGUUGGGGCCCCGCAUGGAGGUGCUCCAGCUGGGCGAGGGGCUACGCAAACAGGCCAAGUGCGAGCCCCACCGGACGCCCAACUUCCGCGACCACUUCGAGAUUGUCUCCCCCCGCAUCCCCUGCACCUUCCAGAGCAUCCUGCUGCGGCUGGCCACCCCUUUCACCAUCCGCACACGGCCCGAGGCCGGGGGACUGGAUGGCAGGGAGAAGGUGAUGGAGAUCAAGGGUCAGAUGAUCCACGUGCCAGAGUCGCGCUCGCUCAUGUUCCUGGGCUCGCCGCGCGUGGACAAGCUGGAGGAGCUGAUGGGCCGCGGCCUGCACUUGUCCGACAUCCCCAUCCACGACGCCACGCGCGACGUCAUCCUGGUGGGCGAGCAGGCCAAGGCGCAGGACGGCCUGAAGAAGCGCAUGGACAAGCUGAAGGCCACCCUGGAGCGGACGCACCAGGCGCUGGAGGAGGAGAAGCGGCGGACGGUGGACCUGCUCUACUCCAUCUUCCCGGGCGACGUGGCGCAGCGCCUGUGGCAGGGUCUGCCCGUGCAGGCCAAGAAGUUCGACGACGUCACCAUGCUCUUCUCGGACAUCGUGGGCUUCACGGCCGUGUGCGCCCAGUGCACGCCCAUGCAGGUCAUCAGCAUGCUCAACGAGCUGUACACGCGCUUCGACUACCAGUGCGGCAUACUGGACGUGUACAAGAUUGAGACAAUAGGUGAUGCCUACUGUGUGGCGGGCGGCCUCCAUCGCAAGAGUGACAGCCAUGCUCGGCCGAUCGCGCUCAUGGCUCUGAAGAUGAUGGAGCUGUCGGAGGAGGUGCUCACACCAGACGGCAACCCCAUCAAGCUCCGGAUCGGGAUCCACACGGGCUCAGUCCUGGCGGGGGUGGUGGGGGUGAAGAUGCCCCGGUACUGUCUGUUUGGGAACAACGUGACGCUGGCCAGCAAGUUUGAGUCGGGGAGCCACCCACGCUGCAUCAAUGUCAGCCCCACCACACACCAGCUCCUACGAGAUGAUCGCUUGUUCACCUUCAUCGCUCGCUCUCGGCAGGACCUCCCCGACAACUUUCCCAAAGAGAUCCCAGGCAUCUGCUACUUCCUGGAGGCGGGCAAAUCUCAGAGCCACUCCUCCCUGACCAGCUCACGUUCGGCCCCACCUGCUCCCAUCCGCAGAGUCUCCUACAACAUCGGCACCAUGUUCCUCCGAGAGACUAGCCUAUGAGGAGACGGUGGAUCUGGACUGGGUUGGGGGGAGGGGGGGGGGGGGGGGGGGCGCACCCCCAAGCCCCUCCCGUCCUGCCCAAUGCGGCAUGGACUGGUGUUGCCAGCGGGAGCUUCCUGCUUCCUGCACAAGCAAGGUCCCACCCCCAUAGGUAGCUAUGGCUUACAGAAGCCUGUGAAGGUCAAAAAGAGUGGACUAGAGGGUGGAAAUAAGCAGAAGAAGCAAAGAUAAAUUAUGACUAGAUAGAGACAUAGAGACUUCAUAAAUACAGAAGAAACUUAAAAAAAUAAACACAAAAUGAAAGCCUUUCUACUACUAGGACACAGCCAACAGCAUCCAUACAGACAAUGCUUUUGCACAGGCAAACAGAAACGCACACAUAACUAUAAACACAAGGACAGACAGACCAGUUGGCAUACACGCGCACACACACACACACACACACACACACACACACACACAGAGACACACACACACACACACACCUUAGCUCACAGUGCUCUCAGCAUUGCAGGUACUAGAUUAUUCAUUCGCAGAACUUGGUGCCUUCUUAUAACUGCACAGCGGCAAAGAGCAGGGCAAGAGCCCCUCACACAUCACCCCCUCUGCCUCCCCUCCUACAGAUCCUCUGGCCACUGGAGUGACCUCUGACCCCGCCAUGGAGGUGGAGCUUAAUGUGGGUGAGGUUGGGUGAAUAGAGGUACUACAGAACCAGCUACUGUUACAUUGCUGUCCAUGCAAGUGUGGGUGUUUAAGACGUGUGUGUGUGUGUGUGUGUGUAGGUGUGUGUCAGGGUGUCUGAAAAGCUCUGUGCUUUUACGCUAGAGCCCUGAGUAUGUGUGUGUCCAUGCGCUGUGAAUGCAUAAAUGAUGUCAGUUCCUGUUUUUUCUUUUUUCUCUCUCUUUCUCUCACCUGCCCCACCGCAGUCCUUGACCUGUCAAUCAUCCUUGACAAAGCCAAUAAAGAGACAGCAGUGCACAGUUCAUGCUUUGUAGGUUUAUUGCCUUUCCCAUGUCCAACUGUGUACAAUCUCCCCUGUCAGGAUCAGUCUGUAUUGAAUUUAGAGUAGCCUACAGGCUUGUUGUCGUUACACGUGAAGUCACUGAAGAGGGGCUGAAUCACUCAGACAGUGUUGGGCAUUAUCACAAGGAUGCUUGGAAUUAGAAAGGGUCUGUGAUGGACGUCACAUACAGUCUAUGGGACGUCAGUCCAGGGAAAGUAUAAUCUUUUGGAAGUACUAGGCCUGUUCAAAGAAAUUAUGUUACAUUUACAUUUACAUGAAUUAAAAUUCAGGAACUAGAAACGUACAUUUCCUCUCUCUCUCUUCACAUCCACACACUCAAGUUCUUAAUCCUUUUUUCUCUUUCUCCUGGUCUCACCUGACUCCCAGAGAAAAGAAGUAAGCUCAGGCUUUCCCUACGGAGAUCCCUUUAAAUCCCAGGAGGAAGAGAGUAUAAUCCCACAGAGGGACAUGGGUGAUCUCAGACAGUAAAAGUGAUAUCAAUGUUAAACACACACAUACACACACACACACACACACACACACACACAUACAGUACACAUACAUAAAAUGAUGACAUUGUCCUUGCAUUGAGAUACAUUGCAGGUCUAUGAAAGGUUUGUGUAUACUGACAGAAGAGAACACAGAUUCAUACUCCGAGCCACUGAGAGGGUGUGUCCAAAAUGGUCUGAGAGGGUGUGUCCUGUGCAGACAGUCCAAAUAGCCUCACAACUGUCCUUGACUCCCUUCAGUGCCCCACACAUUUCUAUUCACGCAGCAUUUUCUGCAUUUUCAGGUUUCCCAAACAUUUCAUGUGUAAUAAAGGCUGUUUGAAAGGUUGCACAUGAGCCUCUCAAUGGCCAUUGGCUGGACAGGCUGGCAUGCAGACACACACACACACUGGGCGUAGACCGAAGGUUAGAGAGUAGAGUGCCCAUCCCAGCCUCCCCAAUCAACACCCCAACCUCCCCAAUCCACUCCCCAACCCGACACAGCCUCCCCAAUCCACUCCCCAAGCAUAAUUUGUCAUAUGCACAGGCAGGCAGGCACACAACACAACAUGCAAUAAUCUCCCCGAUCUAAAGAGGGGGAGUUGGGCAGUUAUGCAGUUAUGCAGCCAGGUCAGCCUGUCUUAGUGAUUUAUUAUGUUUUGCAAAUACAUUCCCUAUCAUGUAUCAUGACUAUCCAUCAAUUGGAGGGUCAAUUUAAGGUCAAUCUGAAGUCCUUUCAAGGUAAAUUGUGUUUAUGCACAAACUGCAAAGAGAGGGUAAGGACCGGGUUUAUAUUGGAGACUGCUUUUUCUUCACUUUUGUUAACAUUUCCUACAUACUGUAUCUGUAGCCCCAUUUAAAGAGUAAAAAGUCAUGCAUAUCAGCAAUAUGUGCAGUACCACCUUGUCCUCGGUCUGUUUUAAUAUCCUGAACUGAAUCUGUUUGUGUUGUAAAGAAUUGUUUCUGUUGUCUGCAGUUUUUUUUUGUCUGAUAUUUUUACAGCAAUAAGCAAAAACUGCUGAUGCUUUAUGUAAGCAAGAGAACUGUCCCUCUCUUCUCCCCCCCUCUGGCUUUCUUAUUCUAUUCUCUCUAUAUUGUGAUGUGGCUCGGUUCUGGUUCUAUGACCUUGCGUUGCUGUAGAGACACAUAGAGGGCUGUUAUAGCACAGGUACUGUAGAUUUGUGUUUGCUUACAUCAAUCAUACUCCCCAGGCCAUUGUUCUUUUGUGUUAGCCACACACACACACACACACAUGUGCAGCUCAGACAAUUGUUUUGUGUGCUACACUGUCUUAAAAAAAAUAAAAAAAAUAACUGUGCGUGUGUGUGUGUGCGAUUAUAGCCAUUACCAUCCAUGGGGGGGCUUGGAGCAGACAGUGCCAUCUAAAAAACACUCUUUGGAUCUAUUGCUGAAGAGUGCUGAGACCUGGGCAUAGUUGGUAAAUGUCAGAGGAGCAGCAAACACAUUAAGCUUAAUGUCGCUCAUCUCUGCACAGAAAUCACCUUUUUUCCCAUGCACACAAUUAGAAAGGACACUAUGCUGUAUUUAAUUUUCUUUUCUUUCUGUACCAAUUGCCAAGUAAAUCCAUUAUUAGUUUAACCCUCUUGAGUUUAUAUAGACCAUGUGAGAAAAUUGAUUUGUUAUGCAUCUGUAUAUACUCAAAAGAAUUUGAACAAUAUAUCGACCAUUGCCUCUCGUGUGUAUGUAUGCACAUAUGUAGAUUGUACAGAUAUUAUUUUAAUAACUGUCAAAAUUUUGAAAUAUCUGUAAGUGCCAAUAUUUGAUAUAUUUUCAAUGAAAGAUCAAUGACUACUACUAUUUGGAGAAGGACAUGGCAAAUCCCCUGUAAUCAAUUGUAGAAGUCUGUACCCCAUGAAUUUUGCUUAUUGGUCUUAUCUCAUUUUGUCCUCAUGAAGUGUUUGUAAGUAUGAAUGUUUGUGUGUACAUGUGUCUGUGUGUGUGUGUGUGUUAUGUGUUGAUCUGUCUUGUUUGUCGAAUAGAUCACAAUGGUUGCUCAGCGAAGCAGCAUUUAAGGCUUUGCAUCCAAUUGUUCAUUAAUUGAAGGAGUUCUACACCAAAGAGCUUCACUGUGUAAAUAAAUGUAUAUGCUUACAUAUGUAACAUAUAAAAUUCUUCUCACAUCUGAUAUGUAAAUAUAUAUGUAGAUAUGUUUAAUAUGUCCUACAGUAAAAUGACAAAUCAGACUAUGUUGUUUUUUUUGGAAAUAAUCUGUGAUCCCUAGCUAAUUCAUUUUCCCUCAAGCAACAGUGUGUAUGUGCAUUUCAUUUUCUUCACAGUAAGUAAGCCAUGCAAAAUGACAUGUAAAUAAAUGCCACCAGAUACUAUUUAA